AUGGCUACCACCAAAGACCUGCCCACAGUCUUCAGCGAGGUAGCUGAAUUCAUUCCGCUCGUCCAGAAGGUUUCCGAAACGUGCAUGGGCCAUAUCAAGACUAUACAAGAUACCGACUCCUUGCAAGACUUGCGGCCCGCAGUAGAAGGCUGCACGGAAAAGGCGGCUCAACUGGAUAAAAUGUUCCUCCAUGUUAUUGGAGCUUCCGAUGCCCAGCAACAAUAUCGGAUGGUUGCAAAGGGAGAUCGGUUGGAGCAUGUAAUGGAGGCCAUACUUGAACAUAUGACUGAAUUGGCCACGAGCUCACUAUUUGUGGAUGUGGCCGGCACAAGUGUGGACGAAUUAAAGGAGGCUUUACGCAAAGUCAAGGGGAUGGCCGACUCAUUGCCGAACGAAGAAUCGUCUUAUUCGUUUUACAACUCAGGAAGCGGCUGGAUGAACGUGAACACUGGCACUGCACCUCAGAAUAACAACAAUGGCUCCGGCUACCAGUUCAAUGGACCAAUUCAUGGCUUCCAGCCACCGAAAUAA